ACACAUUUUCCAUUUUCAAUAAUCGUAUUUAUAAACUCUGUAUCAAUCUGCAGCACGCCUAUUUGAGACCAUUUAUAUAACGGCUGGCAACCCUCUCUCACCACUUGAGCCCAACUCCUCCCUCCUCCCUCCUCCCUUAUUGUACACAUACACCCUUGCGUCUACUCCCUCCACACCUGUAUUUCCCCUAUUCUACUGUUUUUUUGCCCACAUCAAACAUGCCUCACAGCCAAAUCCCCGAAAGCAAGGCACCGGCGGGGGCCAUGGUCGGACACUCGAUCGACAAUGGCAACUUGCAGUUCACCAAGCUGGUAGGCGUCGGCACUUACGGGGAGGUGUACCACACAGCUGACAGGAACACUGGCGAAGUCUAUGCAGUCAAGGUCCUGCCGCGCAAGUCCCCUCCUGCCCGGUCCAGCCCGAUGCCCACAGACAAGCCCUACGUCGAUGCGCGGUUAUUGUGUCGCGAGGUGGCACUGUACUCACGCAUCCCGCCGCACAGCAACAUCAUCCAGCUGAAGCGCAUGCUGCACACACACGACCAGCUGUUUAUGGUCAUGGAGCACUGCGCCGGCGGCGACCUGUAUGAGAAUAUCUCCAACAACCCGUACUUCCACUUGCCUGGAAACGAUGCACUGAUCCGCCGGCUCUUUCUGCAGCUGGUAUCGGCCAUUGAGCACUGCCACAACAACGGCAUCUACCACCGCGACAUCAAGCCCGAGAACGUCCUGGUGACGCGCGAUGGCCUCAACGUCAAGAUCAUUGACUUUGGCCUGUCUACCGAUCAGCCCUGGUGCCGCGAGAUCGGCUGCGGCUCGGCGUACUACAUGAGUCCAGAGUGCCAAGGUGGGAUCAACGGCAACGUGCAGCAGUACGCAGCCGCCCCGAACGACGUGUGGGCGCUUGGUGUCAUCCUGAUCAACCUGGCAACCGGCCGCAAUCCCUGGAACAAAGCCCACGUCUCGGACCCGCUCUUCCACAGGUACCUCACCGACAAGUACUUCCUGUGCAAUGCCAUCCAUGCCACGCCCGAGUUCCAGCACAUCAUCCACCGCACCCUUGAGGUCGAUCCAACCAAGCGCUGCUCGCUCCAGGAGCUUCGCCAGCUGGUCCAGAACUGCCACCGCUUCGUAAACAAGUCCUCUCUGGCCACACGGCAUGUCCCGCAUGCACCUGCAGCCAAUUCUGUUAAGCAGCAGCAGCAGGCUCGGCCCAGGGCCGUCCCCCAACCUGCUGCCUACCAACAGCAGCAGCCCAUGCAGAUGCAAGCCGCCAGGAUCUCGCCGGCAGUGGCGCAGCAGCCAUCUCCGGCAGCAACCAUGUGCCAUGGUGCAGAUUCGAUGUCAUUGAGCUCCGCCGAAUCCGGCUUCAGCGACUCUACUCCAGCCAACAGCCUGUUCGGGUACCACCCAUUCACAACAUCCGACCGACACAAGGGCAUGAAGGCAGGCGUUGUCGAGGCUACUCAUCCGUCCAGUGUCUUUGGCCAAAAGCAGUUCCUGAAUCCCGGCAGCUACGUCUACACGGCAGCAACGGGCAACUAAAAAAAUCCCACCGCGCACGUUUCAUUUCAUCAUACCCCCCUACACUCUCACAUCCCCUCGCACUCACAGAAUUAUUAUUUUAUUGCUUUUUGUUAAAUAGAAUCUCGUUUGUU